AUGACCAAGGGUGUGCAUGGUCAGUAUAUGAUGCCAGAGAAGUCGAUGCAAUUGCCUCGGAAGAGAGUGUCCAAGGCGUGUGAUACGUGUCGGGCCAAGAAGAUCAAAUGCAACGGCGAAGAGCCGUGUUCCAACUGCGGGAAGCACGAUUUGGAGUGCGCGUACACGCAUGUGAUCAAGAGAAGGCGUCCGGUGCCCACGCGGAUUUCCAAUAGGAAGCUGCUUGGUGAUCUGUCGUCGCGGCUGCAGCGGUUGGAGCAGUUGUUGGAGAGGGUUUCGAGCAAGCUUGGCGCGGGGGCGGGGAGGCAGGGGAAGGAAUGCGGGGUGGACGGCGAUGCUGGGGACGAGGGUGAAAAGGACGGUGAGGAGGAUGAGGAGGGCGAGGAGGAGGACGAGGAGGAGGACGCGGAUGUGGUAAGCACGUCGUCUGUGGAGGUGUAUGGGAGGCCGCGGUUCGCUCGGGUUGGGAGCAUGUCGUCUCAAGGUUCCAGCUCAUCGGAGUCUGUGGUGACGCAGAUGUCGCUACCUGCAGAUGGGUCGUAUGAGGAUAGCAAGUCGCAGACGUAUUUUGGGACGCACACUUCGUUGUCGUUGUUUUCGCGGCGCGGUUUGAGAUGGCUGUACAAGGUAUUGGGCGGGAAGAGCGAGGUUAUUAUUCCGCUGAUCAAGCUGAAUGGUUUUAUGAGGAAGAGUCAGGACAUGUUUUGCAGCAAGUUUCUGCUGGCCGUUGAUCUUGAGGAGUUGCCCGCGUGGCCGACUGUGGAGCAAUGUGAGAUUCUCUGUGAAGUGUUCAUCAACAACUUUCUGUGGACGUUUCCUGUGUUGACGCUUGAAGAGGUGAGAGCCAUCUUUGGCAGGAUGCGUGCGGCGACGCCUGAGGGUCUGAGCAUCACAGACAAGCUGUUGGCAGGUGCGGUGAUGCUGCUCGCUGCCGCGGUGAACAGUUUUCAGGUUCCGUCAGAGUCCAAGCUCUGGAGAUCGAUUUCCAGCCAGAUGCUGAGAACGACGAUUAACAUCGUCCAAACUACGUGGAUGAUCUCAAUGCCGGACCCAGUUGGGUACAUGCAAGGAAUAAUCCUGAUGUGCAUCUUCUUGGAGAACUCGCCGGUCCCGCAGACAACGUAUUUACAGCUUUCGUUCGCCAUCCGUCUUGGCCAGGCACAGAAUUUACACCAUCGCGAGCCGUAUCUUCACAUCAAAGAUCCUGUGGAGCGUCAGCGCAGAAUCAACGUGUGGUGGUGGUGCUACCGCUACGACAAGACCCUCUCUACAUCUACGGGGAAGCCGUCUUUGAUCCACGAGCACGACAACACUGCGUUCAACGAAUGGGAUUUCUACCAAAUGCUGGAGUGGCAACUCCAGCAGCAACCCGCUGUGUAUGAGUUGCAACCGCGUCCGCCUCCAGGCGUCGACUGGCAAAGCAUGUUUCACAAGCGGCUACUGUUUGCAAGCAGCAACUCUAUCACCAGUUUGAACCACGCCCUCAAUUACUAUUUCUACAAACUGUACCGCAUACAAAGUGAGGCGUACAUAAGAGUAUUCGGCAAUAAAGCUCAAUCAUCCUCCACAAACAUCGACUGUAAGAAACGCAUCCAAAACAUCAACUACAUCCUAGAUUGCCUGGACUGCUGGCGCGAUUCCCUGCCGGACCUGUUGAAGCCCCGUUCGGGAGAAGCCGCCCUAGCCGAAGUUUUCUCCCAGCUGAUGGCCAUGCGUCGAAAGGACGAAGACACCACCAUGGUGAACCAGGUCCGCCCCAGAAUUCUUCUGCUCUACGUCAAAUACUACCACACCGCAAGCAGCGUCGCACACGCUGCCGUCCGGCCCCCAUGGAUACUCCAACAAUCGCUACUGGAAACUAAAAAAUUGGUCCGCAAGUUCCCACUAGUCGCCCACUCCAUCGAAAACUCCCUAAGUAUCCUCCACAUCGUAGACUAUAUGUUGCUCCACGAUACCCCAAGCCAGCUGUACCUUGAGCUCCUCCUGGCCCAUUUCGGAAGCUUCCUCUCCAUUGUAGGCAACACCUUCCUCUACGAUAACGUCUCCUACGAUAACAUCCUUCUCCUCGACAGAUGCACGAAAACCGUCGUCUCCAUAGCCCAGCGCCAAACCCCAAUCUCCACAUGGAAGUGGGUCAUCGUGGCCAUCGUCACCACCCACUUCCUGAAACUAACGGUCGAUAGAUACAACGAACACUUAAAAACUUCCCCCGAACUCCCUGCGCUCCCACUAAACAGGAACGACUACGUGCUGACGCUCAAGUCCCUGCAGGCCACGAUGCUCUCCAACUACAGAAAAAUAUUCUCCAGCCUGGACGACCUGGAAAAGAAAACCAGGCAGUCCAACAUCACCAUCGACGACCCCCUAACCGCCUUCAACUACACCGACUGGUUCAACAACGACCUCAACGCCUCCUCCCAGUCCCUACUAUCAACUAUCUCCCCAAACGAAAUGGACCCCUCCUACCUAAACGACCUCUUGUUCCCACACAACCAACAAGAACACCUCGUAAACCAGCUACCGCAGCAGUUCAACCAACAACAACCACAACAACAACAACCCAUCCCCAACCCACAGAUCCCCUCCUUCAUAGACGACGUCCUCUCCGGACCAGACCAGGAACCCAACCUUGUAAAUUUAGAAAACUACUUCCUCACUGAUCCAACCCUCAACCUGUCCAGCUUCUACAACCAGUAG